GUGGAAUCCAAGCCGCAAAAUUAGGUCCUUCUUGCCUUUUGAGGUGGGUAACAUGUUGUGAAGCCUCCAGUCCGGGGUUAGCUCAGCAGGAUCGUUCUUGGUCUGGUUAAGGGAAACCCUGUAAUGGAAAAUUCACUGAUUGAAACUGCAAACAUUUUGUAACAGAAGAAAUAAAAGAUGAAAGUCUGGCAAACACAAGCAUAUGCCAUUGUUUUUCAAUUUCUGGACAUGGUCAUAACAACGUUUUUAUGCAAUUAUGUCCAGGAUGACAGUCGGUUCAGCUUUGACAUAAUUAACUUUGAUAUUUCUCAUUCUUAUUUUGAUCUUUGGGCAAUCUGUAUACUUAGGGUCAUCUUAAUAAUUGGAGCCUCAAUUGGAGUUUGUGUUAACCAAAUAGAUGGGCCAAAGAGACUAAAGUCAGUUGAAUUCUACAUAAGUAUAUUGUGUCUGCUGAUGGUUGCAUAUGCAGAAGUCAAAAUGUUGCUUUACUCUGAAACUGAGAAUUUCCCAAAUGAUCCAUGGUUCUGGUCUCUCUUUGCAUGGACUUUGAUAUCUUCAGUUGCCACCUUCCACAUUUUGCAAAAAUUUUCAUGCUUAAAGACAUCAUCAACUUUUACAGUUGAUUUAGAAGGAGGGAAUGGUGAAGAUGAGAAGAGCUUAAUGAGCAAUGCUGGCCAGAAUGAGAGAGAAAAGGCCAAGAAAAAUUCAAAUUCAAUCAGUACUGCCUGGAGACUACUGACCUACUCUGAAAAUAACACAGGCUUGAUCACAGGAGCAUUUGUCUUUCUUUUGAUAGCGAACGUGGGAGAAAUCUCUAGCCCUUAUUUUUUGGGUGCAAUAUUGGAUGGAUUAUCUCAAAAGGACAACAGCAGUUUCAAUAGAAACAUAAUUGGGAUGCUAUUAUUCACAUCUGUAGGAGCAAUAGCAGUGGGUUUUCGAGAAGGCCUGUUUAAUCUGGCACUUGCCAGGUUAAAUGUUAAAAUUCGCAACGAGCUGUUCAGUUCCAUACUGCAACAGGAAAUCUGUUUCUUUGACGCCCAUCAGACAGGGGAAAUCACAUCUUGUCUGACCUCUGAUGCAACGGUAGUGAGUGACAUCAUCUCGCAGAACAUUAGCUUAUUUUUACGGUACUUGGCAAAAGCUUUUGGAAUCUGUACCUUCAUGAUCAUUCUGUCCUGGAGGCUUUCCAUGCUUGCAGUCAUAGAACUUCCAAUAUUGUUAACAUUUUCAAUAUUGUAUGGGAAGAGUUACAAGAAACUAGCCAAACAGGUUCAGGAUGCUUUGGCAAAUGCAAACAAGGUAGCGGAGGAGACAAUCUCAUGUAUCAAAACUGUACGUAGCUUUGCUAAUGAAGAAACCGAAGCACAGGAUUAUAGUGAGCAGCUGAAUAUAAUGUAUAACCUGAACAUGAAACAAAUUUUGGCAGUGAGCAUUUUUACUUGGGGCAACAGGAUUUUUCAGGUUUUUCUACAGCUCACCACAGUGUUGUAUGGUGGGCACCUUGUCCUGAUUGACAAAAUGACAUCUGGUGAUCUAAUCUCCAUCUUCCUUUAUCAGGUGGUGCUCGCUGAUGCUCUUCAGAACAUCAGCACUUCAUUUACUGGGUUGAUUCAAGGAAUUGGUGUGACGGAAAACAUCUUUGCGUACAUCGACAAUAAACCAACCCAGCGAAAGAUUGGAACAUUCAUUCCAGAAACUCUGAAGGGUGAAGUCACAUUUAAGAAUGUCACUUUUGCAUACCCUAAUAGGCUGCAAAACACAAUUCUCAAUAAUAUAUCUUUCACACUACGUCCUGGUGAAAUUACAGCUCUAGUGGGUGUUUCAGGGAGUGGGAAGAGCUCUUGUGUGCAGCUGAUAGAGAAUUUCUACAACCCACAGGCUGGUAAAAUUUUACUAGAUGAUCACUCAGUUGAAGAUUAUGAUUAUAAGUACAUUCACUCCAAGGUUGCUAUGGUUGGUCAGGAACCAGUGUUGUUUGCCCGAUCAAUACGAAAAAAUAUUUCAUAUGGCCUCCAGGAGUGUUCCAUGGAUUUAAUCACGCAGGCUUCUAAGACAGCUAAUGCUCAUGAAUUUAUUACUGAACUGAAAGAUGGCUACGAUACAGAGGCGGGAGAGAAAGGCACAAAGCUGUCAGGAGGCCAGAAGCAAAGAGUUGCCAUAGCUCGUGCAUUGGUUCGUCAUCCUCAGGUUUUACUGCUGGAUGAAGCUACGAGUGCAUUGGAUGGAGAAAGUGAAUGUGAGAUCCUAGAAGAACUGUCCAAGUUGAAGAAACACUGCACCAUCCUUAUUGUAGCACAUCGUUUGAGCACUGUGAAAAGUGCACAGAAAAUAAUUGUCAUCAAGAAGGGCAUGGUGAUGGAGGUGGGGAGUCACAAAGAAUUAAUGCAGAGAAAAGGUACCUAUUUCAGAAUGGUGCAAAAGCAAAUGCCUGCUUUAGAGUCUGACAAUAACAAUUAACCAUAAAUCCUUGAAUUCAAAUAAAAUUAGUAUCACUGGAGAAAAUAUUAAAAUUAAGAAUAAUAAGUGAAUUAAAAUAAGCCAAACUUUUGAUGUAUGUGGGGGAAUAUGUAAGAUGUGAGGGAAGAUUUCCCCCUGUUGUUCAUAUAAAGCAACACUAAAUAUUUGGGAAAUUCUAUGUUGACUAAAUGACAGCUUUGGACAAUUUAUGAUGGGCAGUUAUCUAUCUGGAGAAAUCUUCUCGAAAUCUCAGAUUAGAAUGACCCACUUCAUUACAAUUGUAGGAUUAAUUUACAUACUUUUUGAAAUAGAGUGUGUAAUGAAAGAAGAUUUUAGCUUUGCUCUACCAAACAAAAGGAAAAAGCUCAGAAUGCAACUGCAACUUUGUGGAAAAGGCUUCAGAAUCUGAUAUAUAUUAGAACAGACUUACAAUUCUGCUUGUUUUCUCUUAUACAAAUGUAUGUACUCUUCUAGUCUCAAUGUAUUACUUAUAUUGCUUUGCAAGUGUACAUUAAAUUGAUUGCGAAAA